AUGCCAACGAGCAACAGAAGCGGCAGCUCCAAGGAAGCGGAGAUCACUCGGCUGAUUGACGAAUGCACUUGGUUGCUACAAAAGGACCCGUCGUGCCUUCGAUCACGAGCCAUUCGAGGCCACGCCUGCAUGAAAGCCAAGAAAUGGGAUAUCGCAGCCGAGGACUUUACCGCCAUUUUGGAAGUCCGACACGACGAUAUUUACGGUCGUUUCAGUCGGGGGAUGGCCUUGUUCAAAGGGGGGCGCAUCGAGCGAGCCCAUGCAGACUUUACGUGCGUGCUGACCAUGAACCCCAACCACGUCAUGGCCAGAUAUGCUCGCGCGGGGUGCUACAACACGGAAGGCGAAUUCUCCCGCGCGAUCCAGGACUACACGAUAGCGCUAAAGUUCGACGAACACGGCCACGACAAGGGCUUUGGACGGGGGGAAUCCAGGUUGUACUUGCACGAGACUGCGGAAAAGGCCAUCAACGACAAGCUUAGCUUAAGCUAUCGCACGCGGGAUACGGCUAACGUCAAGCCCCCCGCGGGGGUGCCACCACCACGACCAGUUACGACUGUCACGAAGGACGUUGGAACGGUCAAGGUGGCGCCUCGUCAACCUGUCAACUUUAGAACCUCAACAUCAGGACAAACGCAAUGCCACACAGCUGCAGUGCCCUCCGUCGCACGAGUCAAGAUUGACUUGACAAAGAAGCAAACGCAACCAGACGUGUUGGAAACCACGUCAAGGCAUCACCAUGAGUACCAGAGGACAACGGGCCACUGCCAAGCAGGGCGCAGUCACGUCAAGCGCGUGACAGUCGCCCUGUGA